AUGUCCGACAAUAACACCAAAGCAGAAGGCAAAGUCUCGCACUUCGAAAGCAUCCCAAAACCCACCCUCAAGGACACCUCCGAAGGCGACGCAGCCCUAAAGUUCCUCUCUCAGUACAACCAAACCUACCAUGAACCCCUCACAGACCAAGAAAUCAAAUCCCUCAACCGCAAAAUCGACUGGGCGAUCCUACCUUUUAUCGGCGUCGCCUAUGCAUUCUUCUACAUUGACAAAACCACCCUUUCGUAUGCGGCUAUAUUUGGCAUUCAGCAAGAUCUCGCACUCCAUGGCACACAAUACAAUUGGCUAUCGUCUAUCUUCUACUUUGGGUACUUGGUCUGGGCGAUACCCACGAACCUAGCUCUGCAGCGGUUCCCGGUUGCGAAAUACCUGGGUAUAAACAUCUUCCUCUGGGGCGCACUCCUGAUGGCGCAAGCAGCAGCCCGGAAUUUCACCGAACUCGCCGUGCUGCGUGCACUCAGUGGUGCAGCAGAGUCCUGCGCCGACCCAGCAUUCCUAAUUAUCACAAGCAUGUGGUACACACGCAAAGAACAACCACUCAAAAUCGGAAUAUGGUACGUCGCCAACGGCAUUGGAGUUGCCCUGGGCGGUUUGUUGGGGUACGCAAUCGGGCACAUUCGAGGCUCACUGCCAAGUUGGAAAUAUGAGUUUCUGAUCAUUGGCGCAUUGUGUUGUCUGUGGGGCAUUGUUAUGUUUGUGUGUAUCCCUGAUUCGCCUUUGAGUGCAAGUCGAUUCUCGGAUGUACAGAAAAGGGCUGUUGUGCGUCGGUUGGAACGCGACCAAACGGGAAUGGAGAAUAAGCAUUUCAAGUGGUAUCAGGUGCAGGAGGCGUUAACGGACUAUAAGCUUUAUUUCCAUUUUGGGAUUGCGUUGAUGCAGAGCAUUGUCAAUGGAGGGGUGUCCAAUUUUGGGACUGUAAUCAUCAAAGGAUUUGGUUUCUCUACUUUGGGCACAACACUCAUGCAAGUCCCCUACGGCGCGCUCAUCGCCAUCUCAAUUGGUCUAUGCGUCUACCUCAACUCAAAACUUCCGCCCAACAACCGCUGCCUUCUCCUCUUUGCUUUUCUCCUUCCAAAUGUAGCAGGCGCAUUCGGUCUCCGCUUUGUAGCUCAAACCAACCGUCCAGGCCGAUUAAUCUGCUACUACCUCACAGCGCCCAUCAACGCCUCCUUCGUCCUCCUACUAUCUCUACAAACUGCGAACGUCGCAGGUCAUACAAAGAAGAUAAUAACCAGCGCGUUCUUGUUUCUCGGUUAUUCGACAGGAAACAUCGCCGGCCCAUUCUUCUAUAAAUCGGCCCAGUCGCCGGUCUACACGCUGGGGAUCUGGAGUAUGAUUGUGGCGCAGUUGAUUGAGCUGGUUAUUGUGGGAUUGUUAAGAGAGAUGCUUAGGAGAGAUAAUAAGAAGAGAGAUCGUCUUCAGGGCGUUGAGUCGGUUGAAGGAGGACAGGAAGAUAUGUCGUUGACGGCCUUUUUAGAUUUGACAGAUGGAGAGAAUCCGAAUUUUAGUCAAUUAUCGGCAGGGCGCGUUGAAAGGGUCCAAUUCGAAGGCGUAUUUCGGUCAAGCACUGUCACGACAACCGCCGCAACCAAAGCAGAUACUUCCGACGCACAACAAGAACAACUACAACAAGGCAAAAAACGCAAACGUCAAGAUGUCGUAACGUCUGCGGAACUAGAAACACAGCUGCGAGCUGCGGGACUACCGUCAACAUGGGAUCGGGAAUUGCAUUCCAGCGGAUCGCAUGCGAUUGUCACUUUUGUCGAUAGACCGGCUAUGGAAGCCAGUCUCAAAGCCGUACGGAAAUACACAUCAAAGGAGAAAAGGAGUAAAAUUAUUUGGGGUGAAGGAAUUGAAGAUAGAGUUGCCGCGCUAGGAACGACACGGUACAGGAAACAUGUCGCAAAAUUGCGAUAUCCGGCGGCCAGUGAGCUGUUGAGUAUUGUGAAUAAUUACAUGUCUCUGUACACGCAAUGGGGGGAAACUCGUGCCGCGGAAGCGUCUCGUCGCGCCGCAGAGCCGGAUGAGGAUGGCUUUAUAACUGUGACGCGGGGACCGCGGUUUACGGACAUCGCGCGCGAAGAGGAGGUGCGAGAAUUGGUUGAGAAGCAGCGGAAGAGGGAGGAAGGUUUGGGCGACUUUUAUAGGUUCCAGACGAGAGAGAAGAGGAAAGAGAGGCAGAAUCAGUUGUUGAGGAGGUUUGAUGAGGAUAAGAGGAAGAUUGAGAAGUUGAAGAUGAGUCGGGGAAGGAUUAUGCCCGAGGGAAUGUGA